AUGAAUUCAAUCACAUCCUAUACACUGCAAGCGGUUAUUGAAUGUAAAACCCGAUUACUGGCCGAACAGCCSGAUAAUGGGCACCUGUAUCUCGUMAUGAAUAUGAUUGAAUGYCAUAUAUUUCGGUCGAUUCUGGAAUGUGUGGAUAAYUUUCAUACAAUGAAUCCGCCGGUAAUUCAUCGGGAUUUACGUCCGGAAAAUAUMCUGCURGCGGUCAACUCGCGUAACGAACAUUGUAUUAUUAUCGGUAAYACSGGUUUGGCUACUAUUCACGARUUUAGUACCCAGAGUCAUACGGCCGGUGUCGGUAGUGGYGGCUAUCAGGCACCCGAAGUGGCCAAYGGUCGCAAYUAUGAUACUCARGCGGAUGUCUAUAGUUUGAGUAUAAUAUUUCARCAUUUGUUUAACUGUUUUAUUUGGUGCGAUAGCCAACAGCAUAGGGAUGAACCUCCGAUAGUGACCCAACUUCACCAGUAUUUGCGAUUACAAUUCAAUGCAAUGAUGAACAGUGUGUUYGARGARAGRCCGUCCUGUGCCGAGAUAUUGAUGGUCAGUCGUCCAUAUCUUAUUGAUUUCGGCCAAUUCACCGAYGAUCCCGAAGUUGURGCYACUAUACAAUGGCUGUACAAAAACGGCGGUCCAUUUUUCCAUAGUUUUCUGCACGAAGUUUUACUCAAGUAUCAGAUAUUAUAA